UAGGGGGGGAGGGGGUGGAAAGGGUGGGGGGCGGUCGACCACUCAACGACUCGAAGAAGCUCCAAGAAAAGGCAAAGUGCAUCUUUGCUGGACGGUGUUGGCAACGAGGAGAAACCAACGGAAGAGAAGACCACCACCAAAGGGGCAACCAGCCGCAAGCCCUCCUGCUUUUUGGAACACUCCGAACCCGCCCGCCUCCAGCCCGGACCCCCUCGAGGCAGGCGAGCGGCCGGCCACCACCCCUGCGUCUUGCACGACCUGCUCCCCCAUGAACUUGCCCAAACCCGAAAGCCUUCGCUCCACACCGCGGCGCAGCCUCCGGGGCUCCGACGGGGAGGACGGCGAGAUCGACAUCCUGGGAGAGGAGGAGGAUGAGGGCGAGGGGGAGGAGGACGAGGAAGGCGAGGCGGCGGAGAGCCAGCCGUUGCCAGGGCAGCUGCCCCCGCCGGGGACGCGGGAGGCGCGGCGCGGCGCGGGCGCGCUUGGCGGAGGGCUCCCCGAGGGCGGCGGCGCCCCGGCCGACGCCAAGUUGGGCCCCAAGUUCGGGGCGUCGAGCGGGUCCGCGGCGGCCUCCGCGGACGGCCCGCAGCCGGCGAAGCCCCCGUACUCCUACAUCGCGCUCAUCACCAUGGCCAUCCUGCAGAGCCCGCACAAGCGCCUCACGCUCAGCGGCAUCUGCGCCUUCAUCAGCGGCCGCUUCCCCUACUACCGCCGCAGGUUCCCCGCCUGGCAGAACAGCAUCCGCCACAACCUCUCGCUCAACGACUGCUUCGUCAAGAUCCCGCGCGAGCCGGGCCACCCGGGCAAGGGCAACUACUGGAGCCUGGACCCCGCGUCCCGGGACAUGUUCGACAACGGCAGCUUCCUCCGGCGCAGGAAGCGCUUCAAGCGCCACCGCCCGCCCCCGGGAGCCCACCUGCACCACCCCUUCCCCCUGCCCGCCGCGCCCGCCGCCCUGCACGGCCCCUACCCGGGCCUGCUGCUCGGGAGCCCGGCCCCGCCGCCCCCAGUGCCGGGGGCCUACCCCGCCGCCGCCUCCGGGAGCCGCCCGUGCGCGCUGCUGCACCCGCACCCCCUUCGCUACCUGCUGCUGUCGGCCCCGGCCUACGCCGAGACGCCCGGGAAGGCGCCAGGCGCGGACCCGGCCACCCCCGGCGCCCCCUCGGCCGUGCGGCCCUCCCCGGGCUCCCAGCCUUGGGAGGAGGGCAAGGGGUCGGCGGCGCGGCCGGGAGACGGAUGCGCCCCCUUCAGCAUCGAGAGCAUCAUGCGAGGGGUCCGAGGAGGAGGGGGGACGAGGGCCGCGCAGAGUCUGCCCCCGACCCCGUGGGGCUACUGCCACCUGCUGCAGCGCUCGUCAGCAGCAGCAGCAGCAGCAGCAGCAGCAGCGGCAGCAGCAGGAGGACUGUACCAGCGGCCGCGCUCCCAGCGAGGGCGCUCUGCCGGGCCAGCACCUGUCCGCGGCGCGCCUGGGGUGUCCGCCCGGAGCGGGAGGCUCCAGGCCGACAGCGGUGGCCAGCCUUUCCGGCAGGGAGAGCAUCCUGCCGGCCUUCUGAGCGGCAUCCGCAACGCUGUCCUGGCGCUGACCCCGCCGGACACCCCUGGAGCCAAGCCGGGGGACUGCCCUUCGCGCCUCCUGCCCUAGCGCACGCCGCCCCGCGGGGCGGGGACCACGGGGGCGCGUCCGAACGCCGCGUCGCAACCACCACGAACUGGACCACGGUGCGCAUCGCUGCCGACUACGCACAGAGGCAAAGUUGGAUACUGUGCGGACCCCCGGGCGUAACCUUCCGAUGGCAUCCACUCUCGCCCUCACUUUUCCAGCCUCCAGUUGUGGCUUCCGGGGUUUUUCCCAUUACCCAUUUCCAGAGUAACUGUGAACGUGAGUGGGACACUUUGUUCUGGUAUUUAAAAAAAGAAAAAGAAGAAAAAAAUAAAGAAAAUAAAUGCCCAAUGCACAACCUGUUUCCCCUCGUUGACUCCCUAGGAAUUGCAAAUAUUAUUCCCCGGUCAAGUGCAAAAUACUUGUUCUUUCUGUCUUCCUGAAAUCGAUGUGUAAUAUAGACUUUUAAUUUUAAAGCGUUGACUUCUAAUGUGUGUGUCUGAUGUGGAAAGAUGCUAAAAUUAAAGCUAGCUAUAUAGACUAAAUAAAAUGCUAAGUCACCACA